GCAAAGCUAACAGCUCAAAAUGGCUUCCAGGAGUACUAACUUUGAGUUGCGCUCGAAAUCGAAAGAUGAGUACAAUAAGCACAGACACAUUCAACUGUUAAAUCUCCCACCAAGUACCGAAGGGGAGCUCCAUGAAUUCCUAAACGGAUUUGAAGCUAAAAAAAUCAAAAUUAGUGAAACACUUGAUACAGCUCUUGUUACAUUAGAAAAUGGCAAUCAGGUUGAUGAUGCUGUUGCAAAGCUCAAUGGCAAAGAAUUCAAAGAUAAUACAGUUACUGUUAAACUGGGCUACAGUAAUCAGCUGAUUUGCAUAGCUCAUAUCCCCUGCUCUUAUACUGAUGCACAGUUCCUGAAUAUGUGUCAAAAAUAUGGAGCAGUAGAGUACAGCUACAUAAUGAGAUCUGAGGAAACAGGAGACAGUAAAGGCUAUGGAUUUGUGGAGUUUGCUGCAGACAUAGAGCAAGCUAAACUUAUCAAAUCUGAGUUUGAUUGGAAAGUGAUAGAAGGACAGACACUACAUGCAGAUUUUGUUGAAGAAUCCUGUCAAACUUGGGAACGCUUACAAUCUAGAUGUUUGCUUAUCACAAAUAUGGCUGAAGAUUUUGUCGAUGUUUCUAGAUUAAGAGAAAUGUUUGGGGCUGUGACUAGUCCUGUUUAUUGCCAAAUAAUUGCUAAAGGGGAUAGAUCUCUUGGCUAUGGCAUAGUGGAGUUUCGCACAGCUGAAGAUGCUGAAAAGACCUGGUUGAAAUUGAGGGAUGAAAAGAUUCAAGAUAGACCAUUGGUUAUGACUUUUUGCAUACCUGGCAAAUCUGCAGUGGUGAUAAACAACCGCAUUAUGUGGAAAUAUGGAGAUAAACUGACAAAGAGCAGCAGUCUGUUACCAGACCCAGUUUCUGCCAAGCCAGUUAUUGCCGGCAAUCCUAUUGUCAUGAGUCUCACAAAAUUUAAUCCCAGCUUAAUGGGGGAAUUCACAAAAAUUCUAGGUGAAUUACAGCAGGCUUAUGUAUCACAAAUGAUGUCACCAGUCAACAAACCAGGUUUAUUAGGACCAGCACCUUCUUUACCUCUCAGUCCAAUGAUGAACCCCAACAUGCAGUUAGGGCUUCUUGUUAUGUUGGCAAUUCACAUACAAGCUGCUAAAAGAAUGCAGUUUACUGGUGUGUUAGCCAAGCAGUUGAAUACAUUAAGUGAACAAGAUGUAUUUGGUGAUAUCAAAGGACCCAAACCAUCAAUUCUAGGAGAUCCUCUGACAGGCCAAGCUAAUGUUAUUCUCACCAGCUUGAAGCAACAGUUAAAUCAGGUGCCAUUAAUUGGAGAAGAUGGUAAAGAGAUGCUUGAACCCUUAGCUCUUGAUGAAAAGUUAAGAUACAUUACAAAGAAGUUCAUAGCUAAUGGACGAUAUCUCAACUUGAGUCUCCUCAACAAUCUUGGUCAACUUUUGGUUACUAUGAAACAAGGAGAUGUUAGUAAUAGAUUUGCUGGUAAAGGGCAGUCGCUGUUAGGACCAAUGCCGGCUAUCAACCCACAGCCUCUGCUCUCUGGACAUUUAGGUGGAAAAGGCAAUUCUUUGCUUGGGGAUGCACCUCAACCACUAAUGGGUGCAAAUGUUGGUGCUGCCAAUGUGAAUGCUUCAAUAAUGCAAGCCAUGGGUCUUAAUGUAGGCAGUGGGAGUUCAACAGGCAGUGUGGGUCAAAGCCUUCUCAGUCAAAUUAGCCAGGGGCUAGUGCAUCAGAUUGGUCAAAAUCUGUUGUAUCAAAUGUCUGUAGGGCAAGGAGGAAACACAAAUUCUGGUAAAGGUCUACUUGGUGACAUUCCAAGUGAUGGACAUUCUAGAUUUAAAGGUUCAGGUCAGAAAUCAUCACUUCUGGGGGAACCACCUGCUCAUGUCAAAUCCACCUCAUUAAGCAGCUCACAUACAUCUGUAGACCAAGGAUCAUGGAAAAAUAUGGAAACAAGGAAAAAAACAGAAAUGUCUUAUGAGAAUGUGAAUCAGAUGGAUAGGUGGGGUACUGGUGCUUAUGAAAGUGGCUACAGCAACAAAAUGGGAGGAUAUACUGAUUACAGCUACAGCAAUGAGUCCUAUGGGCAGAUGAAUGCUGGGUAUGCUGGUGGAAUGGGUGCUGUAGGCUAUGGCAUGGGACAAAACAACAACCAAGCAACAGGUGUGAAUUUCCAGGAUGGCCAACUUUUAAGCAAAGAAAACAGCAGUGGCCUUGGCCAAGAUAAAUAUGGGACUGAUAAUUAUGUGACUGGGAUGGGGGCAGGGGUGUAUGGGUUAAAAGACAGCUAUGGAAAUUAUGAUGCAUACGGGUCUGUAAGUGGUAUGUAUGGUAAUCAGGAUGACAGCAGUAGCAUGGGGGGAAAUAGUCUGUUAGGUAAUGGACCAGCUCUCAAUGGAGGGAUGUUAGGUAGAGGGGCUGGGCUACUGGGAAGUGGGGCAGGGACUGUAAAUAACAGUGGGAUGUACAACAACUAUGUAGGCAACAUGUCCACUGACACAAUGGGAUCUUAUAAUCAAUCCUCCACCAAGAUGGGUUUAUUGGGUAGUGGUAGUUAUGAUGGGAAUACUUAUUCUGGAAUUGGAAGUGGCAGCAAAAUGGGCACAGCUACAUUUACAGGAUUGUCUGGGAGUACUGGAACUGGUACAGGACUUUUGCCAUCCCCAUCUAAAUUUAUGACACCAGGCCAGAAACGUAGUCACAGUCAGUUGCUGCCACCACCAGAACAGAGCCCUGAUGGGACAGAUUACAUCGGACAACAUUCUCAAGGGUUAGGUGGACAUUACAUGGACUCGUAUAAACGCUCGCGUUUGUUUUGAGAGAGUACAUGCCUGUUUAAGUGGUUUUUAAAAAUGUAUUUAUGUUUAUCAAUUGUAAUGUACAUAUUUUCAUUAUUUGUGAUCAUACAAUUACUUGUUACUUGUGCUUAUUAUUGCCAGACUGUCAUUAAAAAAAGUUCCAUCCCAAGCUGUAGUAACAUGAUUCUAGAAUGUUGUGUGUUCUUUGAUUUUAAAGGAGCUUGUGAAUUAUAUCAAAUAAAACUUAUCAUUUCCGUG